AGUGAUUUAAGUGUCGAAUAUUCGAGACUCUCAAGAUAAUAUAGAUGACCAACAUAUAAAACGAAUGAUUUCGAAAGUUUUUACCUGUAAAAGAAAUCUUGACCGUUUAGACAAUCUUUAUCAUAGCCAUAAGCAACGUGAUAAUCUCUUUGGACUCCGUUUAUGCGUCCCCAGUAAAAAGUUUUUCGAAAAUGAUUCUCUUCUUGCAAAAUGAGUAGAGAAUUCUGCAGGAGAUAAGCUUUUUCGUUACUGAUGCAAACGCCGUUGUAGCCGAAGUAAUUGGACGUUUCAAUCAAUUUUAAGCAAUCCAUUUGGAGCUAAAAUGAUUGAUGAUUCGAAGUUUGGAUUAUUUGUCGUAUUGAUUCGAAUGUUCGAGAAAAAAACAACGAUGUACCUUAGUUCUUGAUCUCGCCGGUGAAUUGACGUGCGCUGCUGCCGCUGCUCGUCAGUUGCCGAUAAGCGGUCAAACUGAAUAGUUGUGUUUGUUUAUCUCUGCUGUAAAAAUAAGUGACAAAAUACAACAUUCACAAUGUCUUCCGACGAAGAAAAUGACGACGUCCAAGAUUUGGAAGCAAUUCGUGACAAAAUGAUGAGUUUACCGCUGAGCGAACGAAUGCAAGUUAGCGCUUGGGAAGACGACGAUACCGGUGUCGAAAAAUCACGAUAUCCUAAAGAUCCUCGUCAGAAAGCCAUUUUAAUAGCUGCAGAAAAUGGUAAAAUUGAGAUGGUUCACAAGUGGCUCACAAUGGAUCCCUCCUUGAUCAGUAGCGUUGAUUUAGACGGGUACACACCUCUGCACAAAGCCUGUUAUGGCAAUCACGUUGAUGUAGUGGAGUUUUUAUUGGAACAAGGUGCAGACAAAUUUGCAAAAACAAUAGACGGAUGGCAGCCCAUACACUCAGCUUGUUGCUGGAACAAUGUCGAGUGUAUAGCAACGUUACUAGCUGCCAAUAUUGAUAUCAAUGCACGAAGUAAUGGAAAACAAACUCCGCUGCAUUUGGUUUGUGCUUCUUCGCAUAAUUCACCAGCUCUUCAACUUUUGCUUCUCCAUCCAGCGACAGAUCCUAGUAUAGUCAAUGACAGUGGAGACACGCCACAACAAAUUGCGACAAGAACAGGAAAAUAUUAUCCUCUCUUUGAAAUUAUAGAGCCAUGUAUGAAUCACAUUUAAUUAUUCGUCAAAUCUCUCUGAUCUCCCUUUAUUUUUUAUACCAUUCAAUAUUUAAGCUGUCCAAAAAAAACAUUUUUUUUUGUUCAUUUUUGCUGCCGGUAAAUAUGAUUGAUUCGACGUCAUCUUGUAUAUUGAAAUUUGAAUAUGUAUACUUGAUUAGUUUUCAGCUGUUGCUCGUUCCUCAUGAAUUUUAUAUUUUCCAAUGUACAUAACAUUCAAUGGAAUGAAUAUCAAAUAAUUAUAAUUACAGAUAAAUAUCAGAAAUAAAUAAUAGCUAUUAAAUA